AACCCUAUUUAAAACUGCAGAUUAUCAAAAUCUGAAUCUCUUCUCCGAUCUGCGAGGGAAGCGAAUAGGUAGAAGAUAUCCGUGCUGUUGCCGACGAAUUGUACAGUUUGUGAUCGCAGAGGAAUCUGUACUGGGAGAUUUUUGAUAAUUGAUCGGGAUUUUUAGUCACGCUUGUGAUUUUAGAUUCAGAUAACGAUGAAAAACGUUGAGCGAUUGGCGAAUGUAGCUUUAGCAGGUUUAACUUUAGCACCACUUGUUGUUAAAGUGGAUCCAAACCUAAAUGUUGUUUUGACGGCUUGCCUUACUGUUUAUGUGGGUUGCUACAGAUCUGUUAAGCCAACUCCACCUUCUGAGACAAUGUCCAAUGAGCAUGCCAUGCGUUUCCCUUUUGUUGGAAGUGCAAUGCUGUUAUCACUCUUUUUGCUUUUCAAGUUUCUAUCUAAGGACUUGGUCAAUGCUGUAUUAACGUGUUACUUCUUUGUGCUUGGGAUCGUUGCACUUUCGGCGACAUUGUUACCUGCUAUUAAGCGUUAUCUGCCAGAGCAUUGGAAUCAGGACAUUAUAACCUGGCGUUUUCCAUAUUUCCACUCUUUGGACAUUGAGUUCACAAAAUCUCAGAUCAUUGCUGCAAUCCCUGGCACCUUUUUCUGCGCAUGGUAUGCUUCACAGAAGCAUUGGCUUGCUAACAAUAUACUGGGACUUGCUUUCUGCAUACAGGGAAUUGAAAUGCUUUCUCUUGGGUCUUUCAAGACUGGCGCUAUCCUUUUGGCUGGACUUUUUGUAUAUGAUAUUUUCUGGGUUUUCUUCACUCCAGUGAUGGUUAGUGUUGCAAAAUCUUUUGAUGCUCCCAUAAAGCUUUUGUUUCCCACAGCAGAUUCUGCUCGACCAUUCUCCAUGCUUGGACUUGGUGACAUUGUAAUCCCUGGUAUUUUUGUAGCAUUGGCUUUGCGAUUUGAUGUGUCUAGAGGGAGGGACAGCCAGUAUUUUAGGAGUGCUUUCAUGGGUUACACUGCCGGGGUGGUGCUUACAAUACUUGUCAUGAACUGGUUCCAGGCUGCACAGCCUGCCCUUCUGUAUAUUGUACCUGCUGUUAUUGGAUUUUUGGCUGCUCAUUGCAUAUGGAAUGGCGAAGUCAAGCCGUUGUUGGAGUUUGACGAGUCUAAGGCUGCGAAUUCAUCGAAAGAAAGCAAGAAGGUCGAAUGAGUUGGAAAGCUCUUGGUCUCCACUUUUAUUUCUCUGAGGACCCCAAAUACAUUUAAACCUUAGCCGUGGCUAACUUGUGCAACUGCACUCAGCUGUAACAUGUUUUUGGGAUUAAGGAAGAAAUAAUAUCUUACCAACCGAUAACUAUACACUAUAUAGCCGUUUGUAAGUUUCUUUCUUUACUAGCCCUAAAUACAACCGAAUUUUGAAUUUCUUUU